AGCCAUUUGGCUUGCAGGGAGUGCCGGAGGGGCCAGCAUCGUGGCAGGAGUUGUUUGUCUCUGGUGGCCGGCGCUCUCCUCACCAUGGCUCUCUGCAAGCCUUUCCUCUUGGGCAUGGCCAGCGUCCUCAAGAAGAAUCUUGGGCAGGCGAUCAUCCCCGCGGUACUGCGGACGACCCCCUGGCUGAUUUGGAUCUUGUUUGCUGGCACCGUCGCCUUCUCGAUUUCCGUCUCUGCCCUUGAUGUGGUGUGGAAGGGCUCCAUCCUGGCCGGCGCCAUCCUGGCCGUGGUCGCUUGCAUCCUCACCAAAGUCUGCUGCGCGCCCUUGGGAGAGGCUCAAAGCCAGGACGCCGCGCGGUUGGCGGAGGCUUCUGCGGCGCUAGCCGCUGGGGAAGCCUUCUGGAAGGAGCAGAUGCGGCGCCUGAAGCUGGGGGCUCGCGCAGAGUCCCCACGCCCCGGACACUGGAUUGCCGGAUGGGGCCUUCCAGAACGGCGUGGCCGCGAGAAUCAGCCGCUCCGCUGGCAGCUGCCACCGAAACCGGGUCCGCUGCUGCUUCCCAGCAGUGAGCCGGAGCCUGCCAGCGAUGCGCCGGUCCUGCUGGGGCGAAAGCCCAAGGGCCCACAGCGCUUGCCUCGCACGCCGCGCCGCACUGCCGCGACGCAGGAGGAAGCGUGCCCGGGCACAGACUCCUUGGAGGUGAUCGGUAGCAAGAUGGCGGCGAGCAUGCCGGAGGCGCUGAGCGGCCUUGGCUUCGGUUAUCAGGUCCUCCGGUGCCCCCGUGGAGGAGAAGAUCCCGCUAGUGGAUGCCUCGCAGCUGCCAAGAACCACAAGGUGUCCUUUGAUCCUUCCGCACAGGCGCUGGGCGGCCUUGGCUUCGGUUAUCAGGCGAGCCUGCUGGGUGCGCAGAUCUUGGCCUAG